AUGUUCUUCGAAGGAAGAACCUGGCUUUGGUUAUACAUCACAACAGGUAUCAUUCUAGGAAGUGAGCUGGAUAGCCCAGAGCAACAUGGAGAACAUAAUUGUUACCAGCUUAACAGGUUUCAUUGCAGCUUUCAGGAAGCAGAAGAUUACUGUCAUGCUCAGGGAGGACACCCUGCUUUCACUUGGAACCAGGAGGUUCAAGACCUCCUCCGGGACUUUCUGGAAGAAGGAAAGAAGUGGUGGGUUGGGGAAAAUUUAGCGCUGCUGGGAAAACAUCAAGAAAAAAACAACCCAGCAGAUGUCACAGCCCACUGGGCCCCCACGCCCACCUGCAUUUACCUGUUCCGAAACCCCAGUCGGAUCUCAUCAAAAGUGGACUUGUGCUCACUGGGGCAUUAGUUCAUUUGCCAGACUGAUGCCUUUUCAGACCAAGAUGCCAGCUAUGAAAGAAAUGGGAAUAAUUCUCAUUCACAUUGGAAACCCAAGAGGGCAAAAAGAGAAGUCACAAUACCACGAAACAAAAUGACCUCAGCCGUGAAUAAUUCUCAAUCCAAGACCCCACUCCAUUCCAUCAGCCCAUUUCCUUCAAUACCACCUGGAGUCACACAGCAGGGAGUAUCAGUCAUGCCUGUACCUACCAGCCAGCCUCUCCCUGUGCCACCAGAGCUCACCAAGCCUGGAUCUGUAACACAUGCUGGAAAAGCUCCGGUAGAAAUAACUUCAAGCCCCAAAGAGGACUCACAUUCCAGAUAUCUUUUCAUGGUGGGUGUCAUCGAUGCACUUAUUGACCUGAAUGAGCAGCUACUGCAGAGCCCAUUUCCGAACAGCAGCAACCUGAGCUCCAGAAUGCCUGUGACUGUCUGCCUCUUUCACUCCCUCAACAACAUAAUGAAAACUAGUGAAGCAAGUCGGCAAAGACCCAAGGACGACACUGAGCAGGUAGAAAAUACACUGAAAAUGUCCUUGCUGAGCCUCAGGAGGAUCCAGGAAGCAUUUCUACAGCAGAAUUGGUAUUCUGAGUCUGCAGUGACUCUGACCUCUUUCGCAGCUACCCUGUUGCUGAGCAGGCAAAACAUAUCAACUUUGCCUCUGAGCUCUUACACCUUCAGUUCCCCAGCACCUCUGAGGUUAGGCUUUCCAUCAGCAUCAGUCUUGGAGCAGCUCUUGAAUAAACACCCAGGAGUUAACAUCCAAGUGAUAACAGGACUAGCUUUCAAUCCCUUCAGAGAUUUUGAUGACAAGAAGUUUGUUGGAAGCAUCGGAAGUGUGUUACUAAGCUCUAAUCAUAAAUUGCUCCAAGUCCAUGAUUUAAUGGAAGAUAUCAAUAUCGUGCUAUGGAGAAACGCGAGCACGGGCACCCAUCCCACCAACCUCAACGUGAGUGCAGACUAUUUUACUAUCACAGUGAAUGUCACUUCCCUGGAGAAAUCCCUCAUAGUGUGUGUGGAGCCUGAAAGACCCCUUUCAAUGACGCUCUACCUGGGAUUCCAGCACCAGCCUAACCACACACACUUCCACCCGAACGUCUCCCUGCCAAAGGAGAGGGUGUCACAGAAAGAUGCGCAGUAUACAUGGGUGCUGACUCCAGAGAGCCUGCAGUAUGGGGUUGGCACCUACUACAUAAAACCCCUGUUGAAUAGAAGCAAGGAGGGUGCCCAGCAGACGCCCGCCCUGUUCUCCGUGGUCACUGCCGUCACCCAGUGUUAUUUCUGGGACAGCGGCAACAGCACGUGGGGGAGCAGCGAUGCCAGCCUUUGUUAUUCGGACUCCAUGAAAGUAUCAGAGCUCAGAGUGCACGAUGAGAAUUCCUCCAACGGCCAAAAGUGGAAUGGGCAACCAGAACUUAACCUUGUUCUGUGGAAAGAAGUCAGUCAUCCUGACAGCAUUUUAGACUUUUCAUCUACAAAAGCAGGUGUGGAAUUGGUUGGGCCACAGAGCACACUUUUGAGGACACAGUGUCUGUGUAACCACCUGACCUACUUGGGCGGCGAUUUCUUCAUUGUGCCUCGGACAGUGAAUGUGGAAGACACAGUUGAGCUGUUCCUUCGCGUGACCAGCAACACCAUCGGGGUGUCCCUGCUGGCCAGCCUUAUUGGAGUCUAUAUGCUCAUAUUUGUGUGGGCUUGGAGAAAGGACCAAGCAUAUAUGCAGAUGGUGAGGGUCACUGUCCUGGCUGAUAAUGACCCCAGCUCUCAAUUCCACUACCUCAUUGAGGUCUCCACGGGCUGUCGAAGAAGGGCUGCUACAACAGCUAACGUGGUUAUCACCCUUUAUGGAUCAGAGGGGCAGAGCGAGCCCCAUCAUCUUUGUGACUCCCAGAAAGCAGUCUUUGAACGAGGGGGACUGGAUGUCUUCCUCCUGGGCACUCCGUCUUCUCUGCGGGAAUUACACAGCCUGCAGCUCUGGCAUGACAGCUCUGGCGUCAGCCCUUCUUUAAUUGUCACUGACAUGGCAGGUAAAAGGAAAUGGCAUUUCCUGUGCAAUUGUUGGCUGGCCAUGGACCUUGGAGACUGUGAGCGUGACUGGAUCUUCAUACCGGUCUCAAAGAAGGAGCUCUUUUCUUUUAGACACCUGUUCUCCUCCAUGAUUGUAGAAAAUUUCACCCAGGAUUGUCUGUGGCUCUCAGUCACAGCUUGACAUCCCUGGAACCAGUUUACAAGAGUCCAGCGGCUCACCUGCUGCAUGACCCUCCUUCUCUGCAACACGGUCACCUAUGUCAUGUUCUAGAAGAUGAACAGCACCACCACCAAGAGACGUGAGCAAGCUGUGGUGGGCCCACGUGCUGUGACCUGGUCUGAACUGCUCGUCAGCAUCCAAACUGCUGUCAUCCUUUUCCCCGUCAGUCUUGGGAUUGGGCGGCUUUUCCCAUUGAUUCAACCACAGGAACCUCUACCUCUCUUUCCUCCCAUCCAGGCCUCCUGCCUCUCAGAUGCUUCUUUUGAGCCUCUCUCUCUCUCACUCUACAUUCAGGAAUUAAAGGAAACUGUGGGAUUCCUGCUCAGGAGAAAUACGUACCUCUCUGAGUGUGAACAGUCUUCAUGGAGUUCUUCUUACAACAUUAACCAGCUGGUGAAGCUUGUAUCCAGCCUUUCUUACUUAGAGGGUCAAGGCCGUCACCAGUGGGCGGGACCCUACCGGGCAAAUGUGGUUCCUGAAAACCACCAUCAUUUCCACAGUUACCUGCUCAGAGUUCUGUGGAGGCUCCAAUCUCACUUAGGCACACUGGGUCCCGCCCAGGCCCAUCAGCCUUGUGACUUCCUAGAUGCAGUCAGCCAACUGCAAAAACUCCAGGAACUGUUGGAAACGUGCAUUCUUCCCACAGAGCAAGGGCCAUCCAGGUAAUGGACGCAACCAGAGCCCUUCCCCAUCCUGAGCCCAGAAGGGAAGCAGCCCAUCUCUAAUGCCCGGCUCAGAUGGUUGACUUACUUCUGCUGGCUCCUUCUGGAUGUCACUAGCCUGGCCGCAGCCUUUUUUACAGCACUUUAUACCCUGGAACUGAACAAAGACCAAGCCACCAGCUGUGUUAUUUCAGUAUUAUCAUUGCUUCAGAACAUUUUCUCCCCUGACUUUCCUGUCCAGGUGAUCUUCCUCACAUUGUUUUACUCACUGCUGCUGAACAGGAUGCUGUGGCUUCACAAAGAGAAGGAACAUCAAACCAAGAGGAUCUUGGCAGCCUUGGCAAGAUGUCCUUCAUCAUUACCCGGUUCAAGAGAUGAAAACAACCCCAUCUACGUAGCCCCAGCUAUGAAUGGUCCAGUUAAGCGCCCAGAAAGAACCCUGAAAGAGAAGAAAUUCUUCAAGUUGACAGGAGAUAUUUUGGUACAAGUACUUUUCCUUAUCCUAUUGAUGACCGCAGUCUACUCAGCACACAACUCCAAUAGAUUUCACCUCCGUCAAGCUAUCCGCCAGAGCUUUCCUUACCGUUUCUCGGAGAUCAAACUUCUUAAGCAGUUCUACUCCUGGGCCAGUAGCACCCUCCUUCCUAACCUGUACAGGGAUUACAGAGGUAAGAACACAGUCCUGGGGCCCACCUGCACAUGUGGGGUGCAGUUGGUUUUUCAAACGCCCCUGCAGUAACCCAUUAGAACACUGGAGAAAGGUCCGCUGGCUUUUUCAAUAUGACUGCACCUCUGUGGGCACCCAAAGGUCCACUCCCAGGGCCCCAUCUAAGCAGGUUCAGGUUUAUGUCUGUUCACCCAAGGGUGAUCAGGCCCAUGAAGGCUGAUUCCCACUGAUGAGUUUCACAAGAGGCUGAUGAACAAAAUUGAGAAUUUAUUCACUAACAACAUGAAAAAUUCCAUCACACUUAAAAUAAAAGCCCAAACCCUUUCUAAAGCUUACUCUAGGGUUGUCUUCUUGAUAAUAGCCAUCCUAACAGUCGUAAGGUGAUAUCACAUUGCAUUUAACCUGCUGUGUGGAUGGAGCAUCUCUGACUACCGAACUUUUCUCAGUUCAGCAGUGACUGUUGUUGGUCUCCUGAUGGGAAUCUCUCAUCACAAGGAGGUUAUUGCUUUAAACCCAGUCCUGGGCUCCUUUCUUAUCCUCCUCACCAGUGUCGUUUUGAUGGUACUUGUGAUCAUUAACCUUUUUGUUUCUGCCAUUUUAAUGGCCUUUGGUAAAGAAAGAAAGUCCUUUAAGAAAGAAGCUGCACUGAUGGAUAUGCUGCUACUGAAGCUCUCAAGUUUGUUAGGAAAACAGCAGCACCAGAACACAUGAGGACUGUGGGAAAUAUGAGUCAGAAGUAAGCUCACUGCAACUUUAAUUGAAGAUACAAGCAUGAGAUGUGGCU